AUGUCCCAGGAGUCCCGGUGGGAGGCGCCCGGGAGACGCCCCGCCCACGCCCCGCCCACAACCGGGCAAGUUUGCCAGGACUCCCACUCUUCCUCGGGCACAGGGCAGCUGCUGGAGCCUCCACGGCUCUCAGCCAGUCCUCGUCCCCGGACCCAGCGCCUCCGACAACCUCAGCUCCGCACGCCGCAUGCGGGCCACGCCGCAGUCUCCCGCCUGAGGCCGGCCGCGAGCUCGCCGGACACCGGAAGCCCGCCUGGCGGAAGUCACGCUUCCACGCCCCGCCCCAGCGGCACCGGAAGUAGCCCCACUCGUUUCCGGUCCGUCGAUGGACGGCGCGCCGGGGGCCGCAGAGGCAUGAGCUCCGGGUUCCCCGCGGCCGGCGCGCCCAUGGCGGAGGACGGAGCGCCCACGGCGGAGGGAGGCGGCCCCGACGGGCGCCCCGGGGCGGGUCUUGCAGGUCCCAAUCUGAAGGAGUGGCUGAGGGAGCAGUUUUGUGACCACCCUCUGGAACAGUGUGAAGACACGCGGCUCCAUGACGCAGCCUAUGUCGGGGACCUGCCGACCCUCAGAACCCUGCUGCAGGAGGAGAGCUAUCGGAGCCGCAUCAAUGAGAAGUCUGUCUGGUGCUGUGGCUGGUUGCCCUGCACACCCCUGCGCAUUGCAGCCACUGCUGGUCACGGCAACUGCGUGGACUUCCUCAUUCGCAAGGGGGCGGAAGUGGACCUGGUGGAUGUCAAGGGCCAGACUGCCCUGUAUGUGGCCGUGGUGAAUGGGCACCUGGAGAGCGCCCAGAUCCUUCUGGAAGCAGGUGCAGACCCCAAUGGCAGCCGGCACCACCGCAGCACCCCCGUGUACCAUGCGGCGCGUGUGGGCAGGGCCGACAUCCUGAAGGCACUCAUCAGGUACGGGGCCGAUGUGGACGUGAACCACCAGCUGACCCCCGAGGUGCAGCCGCCUUUCUCUCGGCGCCUCACCUCCCUGGUGGUCUGCCCGCUGUACAUCAGCGCCGCCUACCACAACCUGCAGUGCUUCAAGCUGCUCCUGCAGGCGGGCGCCAACCCCGACUUCAACUGCAGCGGCCCUGUCAACACGGAGGCCUUCUGCCGGGGCUCCCCGGGCUGCGUCCUGGACGCCGUCCUGCGUCACGGCUGCGAGGCCGCCUUUGUGAGCCUGCUGGUGGAGUUUGGAGCCAACCUGAGCCUGGUCAAGUGGGAGUCCCUGGGCCCAGAGGCGCGGGGCCGGAGGAAGGUGGAUCCUGAGGCCCUGCAGGUCUUUAAGGAAGCGAGAAGUGCCCCCAGGCCGCUGCUUGGCUUGUGCCGUGUGACAGUCAGACAGGCACUCGGCAAGUCCCGGCUCCCGCUGAUCCCCGCGCUGCCGCUGCCGGACCCCAUAAAGAAGUUCCUUCUCCACGAGUAG